UGCGCAGUGGCGGGCGCGGAUGUGGCGGGAAGCGCGGCGGAGUUCUUCAGUGUGGCUCAUCAAUACAACACUUGAAGCAAUUCUGCCGGUCUUCAACAGCAAACGCUUUCAGARAGAAGAAAGACACUUCCCCAGAGGGAAAUCUCGAUUAAAUUCUGUUCUUUGUGAACAAGAAUAGAUCCCAACUGCUCCAUUUCUUUCCUGGACAAAAAUAUGGUGACCUACAGACUGUUCCUAACAGGAGGAAGAGAACUGUAACUGCUCACAAACACUUGUCUGGAUGCAAUUCCUACAGAUCUUGUCCAGGAAACCUGGGAGCCUUGAAGUGCUUUUUCAAAUACCAUUUUGCCAAAAGCAAUUCCCAUGCAUGUGCYUGUCUACCUCUGCAAAUGUUUAUAGUAAAAAGAAGAAAGGAAACAGUUAUGAACAAGUUGACCAAGAAAAAUACAAGAACUUGGUCCACUCUGUUACAACUUACAAAACCAGUGCCCAAACACCAGAGACAAUACUUGAGGAAGACAAUUUGUUAUAUGGGCCACCAGCUAAACACAGACCUCCAAUUAAAGCUGAGACAAAAACUCCCAGGAACUGGGUUCCUUUAAUAAACCCCAACAAGAGAAUUCUCCCUGUCAGCAGCGAUUCAAAUGUCCCCAUGAAAAUCAGGUUACAAAAAACAAAGAUGCCCAGUGUUACCCGUAUCCUUCAACAAACACUCUCUCCACAGCAAAUUUUUUAUCUGGAAAGAUGGAAGCAGAAGAUGAUAGAGGAGCUUGGAAAAGAGGGAUUUGAAGAGUAUACCAAAAAUCUCUUUCUCCAAGGAGAGCUUUUCCAUGCGGCUUUGGAAUCAAUAUUCCUGUCUGAAGAGACAGCAGCUAAGAAGCAGGGCAAAGAUGAUGUCAUUUCUGGCUACUUAUCCAGUGUGGAACAUGUCUUGGAAGACAUCAGCGAGGUGAAGGCUCUGGAAAGUGGAGUUCACCAYGAGACCCUGCAGUACCGGGGCCUGGUUGACUGCGUGGCCAAAUAUCGGGGCCAAUUGUGUGCGAUCGACUGGAAAACUUCAGAAAAGCCAAAGCCACUGCUGCAGAAUACUUAYGACAACCCACUGCAGGUUGCAGCAUACAUUGGAGCUAUAAAUCAUGAUGCCAGUUAUGACUUCCAGGUUCGCUGUGGGCUCAUCGUGGUUGCCUACAAGAAYGGCUCUCCUGCACACCCUCAUUUCAUGAAUCCUGACCUGUGCUCCCARUACUGGAAUAAGUGGCUCUUGCGCCUGGAGGAGUACUUGGAAAAAACUGACCCACACUGAGCACAAGCAAGUGGUCUGAGCACAGAGACAAAGCAAGAACUUUYGUUUAAAUAUGCCUCUUUCAUAUUCUUUUUUGAGUAACUUCGGUUAAUUUUUUACUAGCAGGGUUCCCCUCCCUCCCCUUCCAAAWAGACAAGUAAUUUUCCAGUGGGGAAUAUCUGUUUAUGUUGUAGGUGACCUCAGUGGUUCAGGCAGAACAAAGCUGACUUAYUUAGCCUCUGUUUUCUUAUCCCACAUAGUUUAUACAGCCUGAGGUUGAUAGAAGAGUUUCUAUUAUCAAGAAAAAAUGCUCAAUCAAGUCAUUCUUCGGUGAUUUUUGAGGAAAAAGAUCUCAAUUCUCAGUUGCAGAGUUGAGUCUUUGAAAAUGAAGUUGGUGAAGUAAAGCAAAAGAACAUCUGCAAUGUAUGAGCUGAGAGAAAUGCAAAUGAUAAAGAAAUUGAUGUAGUAGACUGGGUUUCAGUCAGUUCUGGCUCAUGUUGUCAUGAGGUUUGUUGUUAUUUGUGCUGAAGUUAGACCUUCUGAGGAGUGAAGAACUGCUGGUUGGGUUUUGGGGGCCGUUUUUUACGGGUUUGUGUUUGGGAUUUUUUUUUCCCCCCCAAGUAAGUUUGUGAAUUAAUGUUUUGAAACAGAACUUUUACCUUUGAAUCAYAUAAAAUCAAGUCUGUAAAACAGAGAUGUCAGGCACUGUUACUCUGGAAAGCUUUUUUYCUCCUUCUCUUCGUUUUCUCCGAAUUGUGUGUAUGGGUUUUCACAAUGCCACUGCACCUUACAAAAAAAAUUAUGACCAACYCCUAAGCUUCAAUAAAAUCAGCCAGAACCAUAGCUAAAAAACCAGAGAAUUAAACCUCUGUUCUGCUUAUCUUGUGCCUCCAGAGUACUGAACUGUGGAAAUGUGUGCAGUGAAACUGAAUUAUAGUGGUACUUGCUUAUUCAAACCCGGCCUAGUGGAAAGGUAACUCUGCUUAAUUAGAUUUCUAAAAAGACAAACCAUGGGCAGUGAAAAGCUGGGUUCAGAGAUGACACUGGUUAAGAUACAUCACAUGUGGUCAGAAAUUCUACCUGUUUAGCAAAGAUCCUUUGCU